AUGUCAUACAUGAGGAAGAAGGCCGGGGAGGCCAUGCGUGGCGAGAUGAAGAUCGGCUCGUCAUCAUCGUCAUCGUCGGACGGCAAGGGCAUGUUCAACCGCAACAAGGACGAGGAGAAGAACGAUUCCGGUGGCGGGAAGAAGGACGGUGACGACAACCGCAUGUACUGCUUUGAGUGCCUCAUCUGCAUCGCCUUUAUCCUCAUCAUCAUCGGUCUCAUUCUCGGCUUUGCUGCUCAGCUCUGGCUCGUGGGCGACGUCAAGGCUGCCUCGCCGGCCACAGGGACCAUCACCUACCAGAUCGGCAUCUCCAAGGUGACGUACAAGCUCUCACCGGAACUGGUCUCGUCGGGCCAGCCAAGCACGGAGACGAUCUCGCUGUCUUCGGACAAGUGCAGCACCAAUGCUUGCAAGGGCUGGAAUUCGGCCGGCAAGGUCGCCCGCGUCCUGCUCAUCAUGUUCCUCCUCUGCCUCGUUCCUGCCCUCAUCCUCGCCUGCCUCUUCUGCGCCGGCGAGUCUGUCUUUGAGUCGAUCGGCGACUGCCUGCCGUGCGGCGUGCCUGGCUGCGACGUCCCGGACGUCUUCCCCUGCGCCACCACUGCUGCUGCCGCAGGCCCGCGGUACCUCUCGCUCUUCCCCUCGCUCUGCUGCGACUUCAUGAUGUUCCUCCUCGCCGCCCUGGCCGCCAUCGUGUACAAGACGCAGACAAACGACGAUCUGGAGACCUUUGACGGCGCAGACAAGCUCAAGCUUGGCAUCUCCUUCUACUUUGUCGUUGUCAUGGCUAUUGCCUCGUGCUGCCUUGGCUGCGUCCACAGCGUCCUUGUUGUCGUCUACCCAGCCAUCGCCAUGGCCGAGGCUGCCGACGAGGCCGGUGACUCUGCCUCUGGCAUCAUGGGCAAGAUCGAUGUUCCGGGCAUCUAG